AUGGCAGUGGCUUUUGAUGCAAUCCUAGCUCGGAUCAAGGAUGUUUGUAAAAGAAAUGGUUUGCUUAUUCUCUCGGUGUUGUCGGUCACCAUUGGCUGUCUUCUCGGAUUCUUCCUGAGGACAAGACGGCUAUCCCAGCAGGAAAUUAGUUAUUUCCAGUUUCCUGGUGAGUUACUGAUGAGGAUGCUGAAAAUGUUGAUUCUCCCACUGGUUGUCUCAAGCUUAAUGUCUGGGCUAGCAGCCCUGGAUGCCAAGACUUCCAGUCGGUUAGGUAUCAUAACUGUCACUUACUACCUGUGGACAACAUUUGUGGCUGUGAUUGUGGGAAUAAUUAUGGUCUCCAUUAUCCAUCCUGGUGGAGCAGCGCAGAAGGAGAGCACUGAAGAGGGAGGAAAGCCCAUCAUGAGCUCUGCCGAUGCACUGCUUGACUUAAUCCGGAACAUGUUUCCAGCCAAUCUUGUUGAGGCCACAUUCAAGCAGUAUCGCACCAAGAGUAUUCCCAUCAUUAAAUCUAACAAAGCAUCAUCUGAAAGCACCACUCGUCGCGUUAUAAUAUAUGGAGUCCAGGAUGAGAAUGGAUCCAAUGUCCAGAAUUUUGCCUUGGAUAUCACUCCCCCUCCUGAAGUGAUUUACAAGUCAGAACCAGGCACUAGUGACGGCAUGAAUGUGCUAGGGAUUGUGAUCUUCUCUGCCACAAUGGGUAUAAUGUUGGGAAGAAUGGGGAACAGUGGUGUUCCUUUAGUCAGCUUUUGCCAGUGCUUAAACGAAUCUGUCAUGAAGAUAGUGGCAGUUGCUGUUUGGUAUUUUCCAUUCGGAAUUGUGUUCCUCAUUGCUGGUAAAAUCUUAGAAAUGGAUGACCCUUCAGCCAUUGGGAAGAAACUGGGUUUCUAUGCCAUUACGGUGGUUUGUGGCCUGGUGGUGCAUGGGCUGUUUAUUCUGCCAAUGAUGUACUUCUUCAUCACUAAGAAGAAUCCCAUUGUCUUCAUCAGAGGGAUUCUUCAAGCCUUGCUCAUUGCUCUAGCCACAUCCUCCAG